CACUCUCGGAGGCUAUGGCAGCUGUUGCUGGGGGGGGGCUGGAUCCCGGCUCGCAGCUGACCCUCCAGGGGGCUGUGCUGGGGCUGCUGUUGAGCCACCCGGGGGGCAUCCCCCUGCGGGAUUUCGGGAGGCUCUUCCACCAGCACCAUGGCCGGCGCCUGGAUCUGCCCCGGCACAGCUACCGCUCGCUGCGCCACCUGCUGGGUGACAUGAAGGAGCUGGUGGUCCUGGACGAGGAGGGCAAGGAACCGUGGGUCCGGUGCCGGCGCCCAGUCUGCAACCUGCUGCCGGAGGCCAUGCCCCCCAAGAGACGCCUCCAUCAUCCCCAGGUCCACAAGGAGGCGCCACCCGAACGGCAGCUGGCAGAGGCUCCUAAAUCAGCUCCCAGGCCUUGGAACUCCUGCCACCACCUGGCUGCGCCCCCGGGCCACCCGCCGGCCAGAUCUGCCCCCGGGCACCAACCCAGCGCCUGGCUGCCCCGAGCUGCCUCGCUGAGCCGCUUCCCCAGCUCCCGCCUUCCCGUGGCCGCCCCCCGGCAGCUGCCCCUGCUGACCUUUGCCAACCAGCCACUGGGCCUGGCCACAUCCUGGGGGGCUGCCCUGAAUAGCCCCGCACCGGCCCCCAGCCGGCUGCCCCGCCCCACCCGCCCGGCCAGCCCCCGGCUGGACCCCCCCGCGGCCGAGCAGGCCGAGCUGGAGCAGAAUGUGGCGCGGGUCCUGCGGGGCCACCCCGGGGGCAUCUCCCUCUUCCGCUUCCGCCAGGCCUACGGCGCUGCCUACGGCCACCCCUUCCCCCUGGACAGCGCGGCCUCGGUGAAGGAGCAGCUGGCGGCCAUGCCGGGGGCGGUCAGGGUGCAGGGCUGGGGGGUGCAGACGAUGCUCUUCCCGGUCUGCCCCAGGAGCUCCCCAGCGAGGAGACUGGUCUCUCCCCGUCUCUGCCAGAGGCCGUCGUCGCUCUUGCCAGUCCCGAUGUGGCGCCGGCCGCCCCAGCUGUGCUCUGUCCGUCUCCUUCCAUCUCUGCCAGCUCCCCAGAGGCCCCCCUGGCUCCUGCAGGCCCAGAGCAGCCCCCUGUCCUUUGCAGCCCUCCCCCAGGGCACAGGAUGGCACCGGGGUCCCCAGCUGAGCUCCCCAUGCCCCCCGCUGCCUCGGCAGCCCUCUGGCCACCAGAGACGGGAUGGGAGCAUGAAUCCACGGGGCCCAUCACUGAGCAGACGGACGUCAGGGAGGGCAUCGCCACAGCUACACCAGCUGCUGGCACUGUGCCAUCUGAACUGGGGGCCGAGCUCUCCCUGCCAUUGGCUCUGGCAUCGUCUGUAUCCCUGUCCCCUGCAGGUUCCCCCUGCGGUCCCACCCCACCGCUGAGCCUGGACCAUGUGGUUGCCACGGAUGCCGUCCUCUAUGGCCUUAACUCUGCCCCCAGCUCUGCAAGCUGUCCCAGCCCAAAGCCAUCCUUUUCCCCAGCUUUGCCAGGACCCAUAUCUGGUGUCCAUCCUCUGAUGGCCGUGCUCUCCCCUGAGCCAGCCUGGUCCCCCAUCCGAGAUAUCCCUGGCACUGCAGAUUCCCCCAGG